GCUUCUUAUCAUCGCUAUGUUUAGGGUUAGGACUGACUAGUCACUAGUCAGUAAAUAAUCGAACUUUGUUAAGUACAUAAAAUUUCAGUGAAUGUCUCAUUUUCAUUGUUCAACGUAAAUCGAAAUAAUGUACCCGAGUAGAAAAAGAAUAAAAUUAACGAAAUCGAAGCGUGAUUCCAAGUCUAGUUUUAAAAACGCAGCUGUUGGUCAAUGUAACUCCGAUUCUGAUUCGGAUGUUGAUACGUACAAAAUGGCUUAUAGAGAACUGCUAAAAACUAUGCAGGACGCUAAUUCUAAAAAAUCCCUUUCCGAAGAAGAGAAAAUGACUGCUAUCGUUCAAUAUUACAUGGAUCGUGAAAAAUUCACACUUAUUGAACCGGAUAAAUAUCACCUUUAUGUCGUGGGCUUUAAGGAACCAUUUACAUUCGUAGUCAAGAUUAUGGCUGAAGACACAGUACUAAUUAAACGGUUACUUCAUCCUGAUACUACUUGUAAACAUAAGAUGAAAUCUGGUUGUUAUUCAUUCACGAAAUUCCCCUCACUCAAAGAAAAAAACACCGGGAGAGAUUUGCAGAUUCUCGAUUGCGAAGUUAAAGGCCUACAUGAUGGAUUUAAAAUCACAUGGGAAUCGAUCUCCGUUGAUGGAUCGGGUUCUUCUUCCGAGCUGGACUCGGACGAAGAAGAUCUCCCUGAAAUACCAAUUGAAUUGUCAUUAUUUUUCUCUAUCAACUCUUUUGAAAAAUAAACCAUAAACUAUCAA